AUGGACGAAAAGCGUGGAAAGGAGUCCGUGAUGUGGGACUGUGGACUGCGGCAGGUGUUUGGUCCUCACCCUCCUCACGCCCCUCACCACAGCAGCAGGAGGUCCAUCCUACAGGUCAGAGAGGAGCUGUCCCGGCUGGAGAUGGUCCACAGACUGGCCAAGGAUGGAUGUCGCCUCUUACAGAACCACGGGAAGAGUCCAGAGAAAAUGAAAGAGCCGCGCAGUGACGAGGCAGGACGCGAGCUCCAGGCACUCCGAGCGUCUGUGAGAGGAGGGGCCCCAGAGGAGGCGAGGUUCAGUGUGAUGUCAGGGACCCCCGACAAGAUCCUGGAGAAUCUGCUCAAUGAUCUGAGAGUGGAGGACGAGCAGGGGAACACGCAGGGCGAAGAUACGCUUCUGGACGACUUCCUGCUCACCUACCCAGUGUUCAUGACCACCAGCGACUUGUGCCAAGCUCUUCUGGGACACUUCUGCUCCAAGAGGAGUCCGAGGAAAGAGGAGAGGACAGAAGUGCUGCGCAGGAAGCAGAAAGUCCUGCGUCUGGUUUUACAGUGGAUGAAUGUGUGCCGACGAGUUCUGAGGGAGGACCAUCACGUCAAAGCAUUUCUCAAGACUCUGUACCGUUACGCACUUGGAGACUUGUACGAACACCCAGCUCUGGAGAAGGAGUUGAGGGAACUGCAGGAAAUCUAUCAAAUGCAUCGUCGAAAUGCCAGCGAUGACUAUUCUCCACACAGAAAGAGCAAAGCAUUGUUCCACCAGCUGAGUUUCAAAGACAAUGGAUUCCAGCCCAGAGCCGCACACAGGGAAACCAAAGAGGUGCUGUGCCACGUGUACAUCUCUCUGGACUCAUACCUGAGUGUGAGGGCCUCUGGGGACGUCGUGGCCCGAGAGCUGCUGCAGGCGGUGGCUGAGAGGAUGGACGUUCCUGUGGGGGACCUGCUGCUGGUGGCCAUCGCUUUCCCUGGAGGACGACUGCUGCUCCAGCCUCAGGACAAACUCUUCUCUGACACGCUACGACCAAUAGGACGGCUGCAUGUGUGCAGGAAGGACCUGGGAGAAGUGCUGAACCCCUUCACGGACAACUCCGAGCUGCAGCAGAGGACCACGCACAUGCUCAGUCUGAACGCAUGGGACGUGGCGGUGGCCCUCACCAACUUAGACUGGGCCCUUUUCAACUCUGUCCACGAGCAACAGUUGGUGUACUUCAGCCUGAGUCGGCGGUCGAGCGGCGCGCCCACCGUGGCGUUGGAGCUGCUGCUGAGCCGCAGUAACGAGGUGCAGCUGUGGGUGAUGACGGAGGUGCUGCUGUGUCCCGCUCUCUGCAAACGGGUGCAGCUCAUCAAGAAGUUCAUCAAGAUCGCCGCUCACUGUAAAGCACAGAAAAACCUCAACUGUUUCUUUGCCAUCAUCAUGGGCCUGAACUCUGCAGCCGUGAGCCGCCUCACGCAAACAUGGGAGAAAAUACCAGGGAAAUUUAAAAAGCUGUUUUCGGAGCUGGAGACGACAACAGAUCCAUCGCUGAACCACAAAGUCUACAGAGAGGCCUUCAGGAAGAUGAAGUCCCCAAAGAUCCCCUUUCUCCCGCUGCUUCUCAAAGAUAUCACGUUUAUUCAUGAAGGCAACAAGACGUUUCAUGAUAAUCUGGUGAAUUUUGAAAAGUUGCACAUGAUCGCAGAGGCCGCGCGAGUCAUCCGACAGUGUCAGAACGACGCCAUGGGAACCGGCAUCACGCAGAAGAGCAGCCCAGAAGUCCGAGCGUACGUGGAUUUCCUUCACAUCAUCGACAAUCAACAGACUCUUUUUGAGCUCUCAGUGAAGCUGGAGCCACGGGCCUGA